AUGUCAUUUGUGAAUACUCUAAAACAGUGGGAUGAGGCAGUGGCCUGUUUCGAACGGGGGGACUCUGCUGCUUCCCUUGGAACAUUUCUGGACAUCCAGGAAAAGAACUCCAAAAUCCUUUUCAACGUUGGCUGUCUACAUUUGAUUAAUAAGAACCUAGAUGCAGCUGAAAAGGCUUUCGAUGGCAGUAUCGGAAAGGAUGGACACUUGGCUGUUGCAUUCUUUCAAAGGGCAUUGACAUUCUACAAAAAAGAGAGGUAUGAGGAGUCUUUUGCUGAUUUCCAACAUGCCUUCAGGGAGUUGAGGGGGAACCAGCUGAUCGACUACAAACCUCUUGGUCUGAGAUACAAAUUAUAUGCUUGUGAGGUACUGCACAACAUGGCGCUGGCCCAUGCUCAGCUGGGUCAGUGGGAGAAAGCCAAAGAGACCCUCCUGACUGCUCUGAACCUCAGGACUGAGGCCAAACUCAGCCACAUUGACAGAGGUCUGGAGUGCAUCCUGAAGCAGAAGGUGUUUGAGCCAGUUGAGGUCCCGGCGAAUGUUCUGUUCAAGCCAAACAAGAACUACGUGGCUGAACUGGAGAAGAAGGACUACCUGGGCAAGGCCAAGGUUGUUUCUUCCAUCGUCUUCCAGGAUGAGUUCUCUGGCUUUGCUCCGUUACAGCCACAGGUUGAAGAGGUUCCUACCAGACCAAAGGCUCCUGAAGUUCUGAGGGCUCUGGAGGAGGGUGAGCCUCACACUGUCCUCUUUGAGUUUGUCCCUGAGACAAGUGAUGAGUUAGCUGUGGUGCCUGGCAAUAUCGUCUUUGUGCUGAACAGCGGAGAAGACAAUUGGGCAUCUGUCAUCUUCAAUGAAAGAAGGGGACUUGUUCCUUAUAAUUUCCUGGAGCGUUUGGAAAUAACCUUAUCAUCUAAGCAAGAUCAGGAUGGGACAGACAAGGAUGACAUCCUAGCGCCACCUAGACGAGAACCACCGAAUAGACCUCAAAGAAAAUCUGCUGUGGCUGCUGAAAAUCAGAGCAUUGGGGACACAGAAACAGAGUCUUGCCAGAUUGAAGAGUCAUCACUGUGUGUAGUGAAAGUGCACUUCACAUACACCAUAGCAAUCUGCAUGGUGCCUGGACUUCCCUACACAACCACUCUGGAGAAAAUCAGUAACAAACUGGGCCUUCCUGCCAUGGCAAUCACCUUGAGCUAUGCCCACAUAGAUUCUGGUAAAAUAGUGAUUGAUGAGGACACGAGGAUGGAAGAUGUUUGGAGCUGUGUCCACAAUGGUCGUCUAACACUGUGGUGUGAUCUCAAAGAGGGUAUGAGUGAGCAGCUGCAAAGCCAGACUCAACUGAUGGCCCUUCAUUCCUAUGAGUCUUCAACUCCAGAGGACCUCGAGUUCCAUCAAGGAGAUAUCAUCUUACUUCUCUCCAAAGUCAAUGAAGACUGGUUUGAGGGACAGUGCAACGGGAAGAUUGGCAUAUUCCCGGCAUCCUUUGUGGAAGAAGUUCCCAUGAAAGAUAAAUAA